AUGGCUCCCAUGGUGGAGGACGGCGCGCGGCUCGUGGCAGUGCCAGUAGGUGUAGCUGUGGUCAGUGUCUUUGGCCUUGUCUUCACUGUGUCAGCCUUUGCGUGGAUCUGUUGCCAGCGUAAAAACACCAAAACCCAGAAGACACCUCCCUACAAGUUUGUGCACAUGCUCAAAGGGGUUGACAUCUACCCAGAGAGCCUCAGUGGCAAGAAAAAGUUUGCUGCGCCUGCCACCACAACAACGAAUGACACCAGUAAAACCGACGUUAACGGAAACUGCCACACUGCAUCACCAAUGAGUCCAACUGGCACUGGUAAACUGGCAUCAAGUCCGAAUGGUUCCAGACCGGCUCUGCAUUUGGAUCUGGAGAAACGGGAUCUGAAUGGCAACUUCACCACCAAACCAUUUCACCACCACCACCAGAAGGUGCGGAGCUCCCCAGACUUGGAGCUGCCAUCUCCCCAUGCAGGGUUCACUCAACCUGGGGUAAUGGACCGCCGUGACCUCCCUUCACCAUCUAGCACCCUCUCCAGCCAGGCACCCACCCCAGCUGUGGACAAGCCCCAUGGAGAGGAGAGGGACGGCGGAUUAGGGACUCUCCACUUCUCCCUGGAGUACCAGCCAGAGAGGAAGGCAUUCAUUGUCCAUAUCAAGGAAGCCCAUGGCCUGACUCCAACUGAUGAGCAGUCGCUGACCUCUGACCCCUACAUCAAGCUGACCCUGCUGCCGGAGAAAAAACACAGAGUGAAGACAAGAGUCCUGAGGAAGACUCUGGACCCCGCCUUUGACGAGACCUUCAGCUUCUAUGGGAUCCCGCUGGCCCGAGUGUCAGAGUUGGCCCUUCACUUUAUGGUGCUCAGCUUUGACAGGUUCUCCCGCGAUGAGGUUAUCGGGGAGACCCUCGUCCCCUUGUCCGGGAUCGACUUGUCAGAGGGGCGUGUCCUGAUGAGCCGAGAGAUCAUCAAGAGAAAUGUCAAGAAGUCCUCAGGUCGAGGCGAGUUACUGCUCUCCCUGUGUUACCAGUCCACCACCAACACUCUGACUGUGGUCGUCCUCAAGGCUCGCCACCUGCCCAAGACUGAAAACAAUGGACCUACAGAUCCAUAUGUCAAGGUGAACAUGUACCAGGGAAAGAAACGCGUGUGCAAGAAGAAGACCCAUGUGAAGAAGUGCUCCCCCAACCCAGUCUUCAAUGAGCUCUUUGUCUUUGAUCUGCCCUCCGACGAGGGCCUCAGGGACACCAGCGUGGAGCUGCUGCUGAUGGACUCGGACACAGGCAACUCGCGCAGCCCCAACAACAUCCUUGGGCGCCUGGUGUUGGGCACAUCGGCAGCAGGCACUUCCGGUGAGCACUGGAGGGAGAUUUGCGACCACCCGCGGCGCCAGAUUGCCAAGUGGCACGCCAUGUCAGAGGAUUAA